AAUCAAGGAGGAGAUGCCACAGAUGAGUAGCAUCUAUCUAUGCAACACCUUGGCCUUCAGUCCAUCUCCCUCCUCUUUCCAUUCUCUUGGGGUGAGGAAGUUCUUGGAGGGACUCCAUGGAGGCCUAGGGAGGGAGGCUGGCUCCUGGGAUUGGGAGGGGGAUGGGCAGCGCUGGAGAAUAACGCCCAGGAGCACGGGCGUCGAGCCCGAGACUCCCGGGAAAGCCCAGCAGUCUAGAAAAGCUGGAUUUAGAUUCUCUUUCUCCACUUUGACGAGUUCUCAGGAAGUUUGGGGGAGGGGCGAGACGCUCUCUCCUGGUCUAAAUGCGCGGGAGGGUGAGGAGAGACGACAGCAGCCGCAGGUCUUGGAGCUGGCACGUUCCCGCCCACCGGCGGGCUGGGGUGCUCCUGGCGGGGUCUGCCCCGCGCGCGUGAGGGGCGGAGGGCAGAAGGUGCCGGCCGGCAUGGAGGGACUGAUCCUGUUCAACGCCCUGGCCACGCGGCUGUUGUUCGUGCUGCACUCGCUGGUUGGAGUCUGGCGAGUGACCGAGGUGAAGAAGGAGCCAAGGUACUGGCUGCUCGCGCUGCUCAACCUCUUGCUCCUUCUGGAGACUGCUCUCACCCUCAAGUUCAAGCGCGGCAGAGGCUACAAAUGGUUUUCGCCAGCCAUAUUUUUGUAUCUGAUUAGCAUCGUUCCAUCAUUAUGGCUUCUUGAGGUGCACCAUGGGACCCAGUAUUGCACCCAGUCUGGAGGAAUGUUACAGAAUAUCAGCAGCAAAGAAGACUUCAAUCAAACUCUGAUGUCAGGUGAACAAACCAGUGGAGGGGAUGAUCUCAUUAAGACGGCCAAAGAUUUUGUAAAUAACUUAUCUACAGUAUGCGAGAAAAUUUGGACUCUGGGACUCCAUCAAACAUUCUUAUUAAUGCUAAUAAUUGGAAGAUGGCUUCUACCUAUUGGAGGUGGGAUUACUCGGGACCAACUCUCUGAACUUCUCCUUAUGUUUGUGGGAACAGCUGCUGACAUACUGGAAUUUACAAGUGAGACCUUGGAAGAACAAAAUGUGAGGAAUAGCCCUGCUCUAGUCUAUGCCAUCCUUAGUAUAUGGACUUGGAGCAUGUUGCAGUUUCCACUUGAUCUGGCAGUACAGCAUGUCGUGUGCCCCUUGUCUGUGACAGCAAGGGGGUUCCUCAGCCUAUUCUUUUGCCAAUACAGUGCUGAUCUGUGGAACAUUGGAAUCAGUGUCUUCAUACAAGAUGGUCCCUUCCUUGUCGUGCGUCUUAUACUGAUAACUUAUUUUAAAGUGAUCAACCAGAUGCUGGUGUUCUUUGCUGUGAAGAAUUUCCUCGUGGUGAUGUUGCACCUUUAUCGCUUGGUUGUGUUGGCAUUGGAUGUCCGUGCCUCCUUGAGAAGUCAGCCGGAAGGCCUGAAAAGAGAACACAGCUGCCCAGCUGAACCAGCUGAGAGUGGGGUCUCACCUGAGGACAGGGAGAGUGGUUCUAAGGAGGGCCUAGCUAUGCCUUUGAGGGCCUCGCCAGUCGCUUCCAACGACUCUUACCCCACUCCAUAGUUAUUUAUUGACAACAGCAUGCAACUGGAACAUUUGACUUUCUGGUUCUUCUUACAAACAGAAUCUUUCUCUCUCUCUUUUUUGUUAACAUUGGCCUAUGAUAAUUUUUAAAAGAACAACAUAAAAAGUGAUCUUAAACCUGACAAAAUAUAUCAAUGGAACCACUCUAAAAUGGAGCUGGAGCUACCAUGCCAGAGGAACUGCCUUGCACGUCUCAUGCUUCAAAAUUUGGAAUGUUCAAAUAAGGCAAAAAAAACCUUUGGACAGAGCCUAAAGCAACCUUGUAUCCCAAAGAACUGUUUGGAAGGAUAACAAGACAACAGACAUUAUGACUACCAGACUGAUGGCUACUGAACCAAAAAUUAAAAACCUUGUCUAGAAUUAACAUCACUAUGUUAUGUCAUCUGCACCAAUAGAAAUGCCUUCUUUCUAUUGAUGUAAUUGUUCUCCUUCCCUUUCUCAUAAAUACCCUUUGUUUUUUUCUCUAAUCAGAGCACUAUUGGGGCUUUCACCGGGAGUCGGUGAAUUCUGAAUAGCUAUUCUAAUUGAUCUCAAAUAAAUGCAUGUUGCUUCUUGCUUUAAAA